ACAAGAUUCAUAAGCAGCCGACUGUGUGAUCUGAAGAUUUACUGCCAAGAGUUCAGCCCUUAACAACCAACAUCUGAAUUUAAAUCCUUUGUGUCAUAAAUGGAGCGUAAGGUCACUCUGGGGCUCUUCUUUUUUGGGUUUUGCAUCCCCUCCUCUCACGUCCUUCGUCAGUUCCACUAUGUAAACUUAAAAAUGAGCUGGAUCGACGCUCAACAAUACUGCAGAAUGAAAUACACCGACCUGGCUACCAUCAAAAGCAUGGACGACAUAAGCAGGUUGAACAGACCUGCUUUGGACACAGGAUUGACAUGGAUCGGACUGAGAGAUGACCCAAAGUCCUGGAGAUGGUCGGCAACUGAGGAAACGAGCAAAACUAAUUAUGCACCCUGGAACUAUGGCGAACCAAAUAAUAAGAAUUCACAGGAGCAUUGCGCAGUGAUGUACUCUGACGGAGGUUGGAAUGAUGUUAACUGUGAAACUCUGUACAGUUUCAUUUGUUAUAAAGAGACCCAAAAUGACAAAACCUAUGUGUUCAUCUCAACACUGCAAACGUGGAGUGGGGCCCGCAGUUACUGCAGAGAACACCACACAGACUUGCCUAUGAUUGAAAACUCUGUAGAAAAUGCAAAUGUCCUAAACACAAAACCAGCCAAUGCUAAUGUAUGGAUUGGUCUGUACCGACUGCCAUGGACUUGGUCUGAUAACAGCAACAGCUCAUUCAGGAACUGGAAAAGCGGAGAGCCAAAUAACUACGGUGGUAUAGAGAACUGUGCAGCUGAGGGAGAAACACAUGAAUGGAAUGACAGCGUCUGUGACUACAAGUAUACUUUCAUCUGCCAUGAAGAUCUAACAUCGAUGAUAACUGUGGUGAAAAUGAAGUUUCAGACUGACGCUGACAUGACAGAUCCAGCUAUUAACAACCAGAUUCUCAGACAGCUUGGUGCAGCGCUAAAAGGUUCGGGACUGGCUGACAUCAAGCUGCGAUGGAAAAUUCACUGUGACCAGGCCAUAAAAUCAGAAAUGGAUUGUUACGUGACUCUGAUUCUCCUCUUCUUUGGAUACAGCUUCAGCUCCUGCUCUCAGUUCCCCCUGCGAGAGUACCACUAUGUUAACAAGCUAAUGAGCUGGAGCGAAGCUCAGCGUUACUGCAGAGAGAAAUACACUGACCUGGCCACCAUCGAAAGCAUGGAUGACAUAAGCAGGCUGAAACCUGAUUUUUCCUAUAACUGUGCAUGGAUAGGACUGAGGGAUGACCCAAAAUCCUGGAAGGAAUCCAUGGGCAAUGACACCAACUCCUGGAGAUGGUCAGCGACUGGUCAAGCGAGCAAAACUGGUUACCACAACUGGAAUGUAGAGGAACCAAGUAGUGAAAAUGCAAAUGCCAAAUGUGUUAUCAUGGGCACUAAUGGAAAAUGGUAUGACAAGGACUGUAAUUCAUUCAGGAGUUUUGUUUGUUACAAUGUUACAAACCAAACUGAGAAAACCUAUGUGUUCAUCUCGGAUGAGAAAACAUGGAAAGAUGCUCAAGCAUACUGCAGAGAACACUACACAGACCUUCCUAUGAUCGAGAACAUCGUAGAAAACAAUGAGGUGUAUUCUGCAGCAUCAGCCGAAGUUUGGAUUGGUCUGUACCGAGUGCCAUGGACUUGGUCUGACAACACCCAAAGCUCCUUCCAAAUCUGGGGAAUUAAAGAACCAAAUAACUAUGGUGGUAAUCAAUUCUGUGUAUGCGAGGAUGUUCAACAUAAAUGGGAAGACUUCAACUGUGUGAGAGAGAAACCUUUCAUCUGCCAGCAAGUUUUAAAAUUGAAGACCACGAUGAGGAUGAAGAUUCAGACUGAUGCUGACAUAACCGAUCCAGCUACUAACGCUCAGAUCCUCCAGCAGCUAGCUGCAGUGCUAACAAGUCAGGGAUGGACUAACUUCAAUCUGCAAUGGAAGAUUCAGCCCAGGAAACAGGAGAAAGACAAACUCACAUAACCGCAAUGCAUUCCACAUUUUUGAUAUAUAUUUGACACUGUAGUGGAUUCUAAGGAAACAUAAUUGUAUAGCAAAAAUGUUCUUGUAAGAAGUGUGGAUAAAAAACACUUUUACAAUGAAGAUAAAAGUACUGCAUUUCUAUGCAAUGUUCUUCUUAAUCAGCUGUGUGCUCUGUAAGUUCAUCAUACAAACACUAAGUUUCUUUUGACAGAGCUCUACACAACUAGUCAGAUGUUCAACGCAACAGCAAGAGCUCCACUGCAUGUAUUUAUUAGUGGCCACUUUAUUACUGUUCUGUUAUAAAGACUUCUUUUAUGAUGCCUGUACUGUUAAGUUUUUAACACUCUAAAACUAUAAAUUCAAUACUAUGCUGCAUUAUAUUCUGAGGUGUUUCUAAGACUCUUGUAAAUUAGAGUGAUGUAAAUAGAAAUUAUAAAAAAAAACACUUCCAUUACAACACCACCUUUAAAUAUUACCUCAGGAAUAAACAUAUAAUUGAAUUGAACAGUCAAAACAAAUACUGAACAUUAUAAACUACAUAAAGGUAGAAUUUAUGGUAGGGUUUUAUUAUAUAGUAAACACAAUAUUUAAGUUUGCGAAAACACAUUUUUUGGACAUGAUAAAUAAAGAUUCUUACUGACUGAUUUGACUUUAUUACUGUCAUCACUUUGUUAAAUCGCUUUUGUUUAAGAUCUAAUCCAGACAAGUUUUAAGAUAAAGGUACAGAUACUUUAAUAAUAAUUUGUCUCUUGGUUUUUCCACUAAAAAGUUCAGUUACCUUAUUAUAGCACUUGAGCAUCAAAGUUUGGUUUCAUCCCAUUGACCCUUAUGGGAAAUAAGUUAAUAUAGCUAAAUAUUAGCCUGUGUUAUUUCUUAGUAAUGAGGCUGUAGUUAACUAUUUGGUGUCAAACCUUGACCCCAUGAAGUCAGAAAGAUUAGUGGGAAGGUUUGAUUUGAGUAAAACCUGAGUUCAAUUUACUGUGAGUAAAUAUUUACAUUUUAACUUAUUUGAUCUAUUUGUAUGCUCAUAGUUCAGUUUCAUCAUAAACCUCAGAUGUCUCAGACCUCAUUGAUAACAUGUGUGAUUGUUUGUUAAUGAGUUCUUUCAAAUAAAAUGUGUUUUACAAAACAAAAUA